CUUCAAAAACAAAAAGGUUGGUUGAGAGAGAGCUGAAGCUUUGGUGUAGCCAUUAAUGGGGUAAUUACUCAAGAAAUCUUCAAAGGAUUCAUCUUCAUCAUCUUCAUCGUCUUCAUCAUCAACAAGAAGAAGAAGAAAGAGCUCAAGUUUAAUGGCUUCUUCCAAUAUUAAAAGCUCCUCCAUCAUCCAACAAGCAAUUCAACAAGAAGAAGAAAAACAACAACAACAACUUCAUCAACAUCAUCAGCAGCAACAACAACCUCAACUUCUCCAAACUCCAAGCUUUGUCAUCUCAUCAAACUCAAAAAAUUCCUCAUUAUUCAACUUCCAAAACCCCAAUUUCCCUGAUCAUCAUCAUCAUCAUCAAUUACCCUUCUCCAUGAAUCUCCCUCCCAUCUCUUCAAAUUUCUUAAGCAAAGAUGGAGGAGGAGAUGAUUUGGGGGAAUUAGAUCAAGCUCUUUUUCUCUAUCUUGAUGGACAAGAACCCUCUACAACCACUGCUCAAGACCAAAGACAGAGUUCCGGGAUGAGACCUCCAACGUUGAACAUCUUCCCGUCGCAGCCGAUGCAUGUCGAACCGUUACCAAUGAAAGGAAAUACAGGAAUGAUAAACCAUGGUGAUUCAAAGAUCAAAGCAUCUGAGCCGUCCAAAGAGUUGGCCAACCAACGCAGUAGCAAUGGAGCCACUGCAUCUGGACCACCCCCAACCCAAAUUACAACAACUGAACCUCAUCCCAAACCUCCUAAACGUGAGGCCAACAAAAAAGGGCUAACCUCAAGCUCAGAGCAAGAAGGACCCAAGACUCCAGACCCGAAGACCCUAAGAAGAUUAGCUCAAAAUCGAGAGGCCGCUAGAAAAAGCAGGCUAAGAAAAAAGGCGUAUGUUCAGCAGUUAGAGAUGAGUAGGAUUAAGCUCACCCAGCUGGAGCAAGAGCUACAAAGAGCAAGAACUCAGGGCAUGUUUCUGGGUGGAGGAGCCACCAUUUUAGGACCUGACCAAGGACUUCCCUCUGGCUUCCAUAACCUCAGCUCCGAUGCUGCGUUGUUCGACAUUGAAUUCGGGCGGUGGCAAGAGGAGCACCACCGACUAAUGUGCGAGCUCCGAGCAGCAGUGCAAGAGCACCUACCGGAGAAUGAGCUGCGGUUGUUCGUGGACAGCUGCCUAGCCCAUUACGAUGAGGUUCUGAACUUGAAGAUGAUGGUGGCUAAGUCGGACGUCUUCCAUCUUGUCUCCGGCAUGUGGAAGACGCCGGCGGAGAGAUGCUUCAUGUGGAUGGGCGAUUUUAGGCCGUCUGAACUCAUUAAGAUAAUAAUGGGUCAAAUAGAGCCGUUAACAGAGCAUCAAAUAUUAAACAUUUGUGCAUUGCAACAAUCAACACAAGAAAGUGAAGAAGCAUUGUCUCAAGGGCUUGAAGCCUUAAAUCAAUCCUUAUCAGAUACCAUCACUUCUGAUUCAUUGAUUAGCCCUCCCAAUAUGGCUAAUUAUAUGGGGCAAAUGACUUUGGCCAUCAACAAACUCUCUACUCUUGAAGGCUUUGUAAGACAGGCAGAGAAUUUGAGACACCAAACGAUUCACCGAUUGCAACAAAUGUUGACAACUCGACAGGCAGCAAGAUGUUUAUUAGCCAUUGCUGAAUAUUUUCAUAGGCUUCGAGCCUUGAGUUCCUUAUGGUUGGCUCGUCCAAGGCAAGAUUAAUUAUUAUUAUUAUUACUAUUAUUAUAAGCACUAUAUAAUUAUAUCUUACUAAAUUUACAACCCCUUUUAAUUAACUCCACCCAAAUAUCUCUUUUUCUUCUCUCUUUUCUCUUUAAGAUAUAAUUAUAUAUAUACACAGCAGUAGUCAUAACAAUAGCACAAAUUAAGUACUUCUCUCUCCCCCUCUAGAAUUUCUAUCUACAACAAUAGAUUUGGUAACACCAAAUAUAUAGUGUUUUAGCAUUGUCUCUCA